UUUACAUUUUUAUUUCAUUUUGCACAAAAUAAAAUAAAUAACAUUACAACUAACUUUUUACGACAUAGUGGUCUAUUUCCGCUGAGCCUUCUUCCUUUCUAAAACUUCAUCAUGGCGGACAAAGAAAAAGGCAAGGUAAAUGUCAUGAGAGAGUUGCGUAUUCGCAAACUUUGCCUUAAUAUUUGUGUGGGUGAAUCUGGUGACAGAUUAACAAGAGCAUCCAAAGUACUUGAACAGUUGACUGGUCAGACACCAGUUUUUUCAAAAGCUCGUUACACUGUGAGGUCUUUUGGUAUCAGACGUAAUGAAAAGAUCGCUGUUCACUGCACAGUUCGUGGUGCAAAGGCUGAGGAAAUCCUGGAAAAGGGCUUGAAGGUGCGUGAGUACGAGUUGAGGAAAAAUAACUUCUCUGCAACUGGCAACUUUGGCUUCGGUAUUCAGGAACACAUUGACUUGGGUAUCAAGUACGACCCUGGAAUUGGUAUCUAUGGUAUGGACUUCUACAUUGUUCUUGGGCGCCCAGGUUUCAACAUCAGUCAGCGCAGACGUAGAAAGAGUGCUAUUGGUGCCAAACACAGAAUUAGCAAAGAUGAGUGCAUGAAGUGGUUUCAACAAAAGUAUGAUGGUAUCAUUCUACCUGGCAAAUAAAGAUGAGGCUGAAGUUGGUUAGGUCGUUGCAAAUAAAUUAUCUAAUAAGACCUACUGA